UGGACCGCUAUGGGACGGCGGGCGCGGGGCCGGAGGCUGCAGCAGCAGCAGCGGCCCGAAGGCGGGGAAGACGCGACCGGUAGUGGCCGGAAGCGCAGCGCCGCGGGCUGGGAAGGCGGCUACCCCGAGAUCGUGAAGGAGAACAAGCUGUUCGAACGCUACUACCAGGAGCUCAAAAUCGUGCCCGAGGGCGAGUGGGAGCAGUUUAUGGGGGCGUUGCGGGAGCCCCUCCCGGCCACCCUGAGGAUCACCGGCUACAAAAGUCAUGCAAAAGAGAUUCUCCACUGCUUAAAGACCAAGUACUUCAAAGAGCUGGAGAACCUGGAGGUAGAUGGGCAGAAGGUUGAAGUCCCACAGCCCCUGAGCUGGUAUCCUGAAGAAUUGGCAUGGCACACGAAUUUAAGUCGGAAAAUCUUGCGGAAGUCUCCACAGUUGGAGAAGUUUCACCAAUUUCUGGUCAGCGAGACGGAAUCUGGAAACAUCAGCCGUCAGGAAGCUGUUAGCAUGAUUCCACCCCUGCUGCUUCAGGUCCAACCGCAUCAUAAGAUCCUGGAUAUGUGUGCAGCGCCUGGAUCGAAGACCACUCAGCUCAUUGAGAUGCUGCACGCGGACAUGGACACCCCUUUUCCAGAGGGAUUUGUCAUUGCCAAUGACGUGGACAACAAGCGCUGCUACCUGCUCGUCCAUCAGGCCAAGAGGCUGAGCAGUCCGUGUAUCAUGGUGGUCAACCACGACGCAUCCAGCAUCCCCCGGCUGCAGAUGGACGUGGGUGGGUGCAAGCAGGUGCUCUUCUAUGACCGUAUCCUCUGCGACGUGCCCUGCAGUGGAGACGGCACCAUGAGGAAAAACAUUGACGUUUGGAAGAAGUGGACCACGUCAAACAGCCUGCAGCUGCAUGGCCUGCAGCUGCGCAUCGCAACGAGGGGUGCUGAGCAGCUGGCUGAAGGCGGGCGGAUGGUGUACUCGACCUGCUCGUUGAACCCUGUUGAGGACGAAGCUGUCAUAGCGUCCCUUCUGGAGAAGAGCGAAGGUGCCCUGGAGCUGGCGGAUGUGUCCUCUGAGCUGCCAGGAUUGAAGUGGAUGCCUGGCCUCUCACACUGGAAGGUCAUGACAAGGGACGGACAGUGGUUUGCUGAUUGGGACGAGGUUCUGCAGAGCAAACACACCCAGAUCCGUCCCACCAUGUUCCCGCCAAAGGACCCAGAGAAGUUGCAGGCCCUGAACCUGCACCGGUGCCUUAGAAUACUGCCCCACCACCAGAACACUGGGGGCUUCUUCGUGGCUGUGCUGGUCAAGAAAUCCUCCAUGCCGUGGAACAGACGUCAGCCAAAGCUGCCGGGUAGAUCUGCGGAGACCAGAGGAGCUAUGCCAUCCAGCCCCACAGACCCCAGUGGUGGGAAAGCUGGGCAACCCUCUGAGGUGGACAGCAAACCACCCAGUGAAGUGGGCGACGCCGGCGUAGUCCCCGGAAUGGAGGAUGUGGAGAACGAUGGCAAAAAGAGGGAUGGCGUGUGCGGCCCUCCUCCUUCAAAGAAAAUGAAGUUGUUUGGAUUUAAGGAAGACCCGUUUGUGUUCAUUCCUGAAGACGACCCAUUGUUCCCACCGAUCCAGAAGUUUUACGCCCUGGACUCCUCGUUCCCCAAGCAGAACUUGCUGACACGCACGACGGAGGGGAAGAAGAGGCAACUGUACAUGGUGUCCAAGGAGCUCCGGAACGUGCUGCUGAACAACAGCGAGAAGAUGAAGGUCAUCAACACGGGCAUCAAAGUGCUUUGUCGCAGCAACGGCAGCGAGGAGUUGGACUGCGCCUUCCGGCUCGCCCAGGAGGGAAUCUACACGCUGUACCCAUUUAUCAAGUCGAGGAUCGUCACGGUGUCCAUGGAGGACGUGAAAACCCUGUUAACCCAGGGAAACCCGUUUUUCAGAAAACUGAGCAGUGAGACGUACAGCCAAGCCAAGGACAUGGUGAAAGGAAGCAUCGUCCUGAAGUAUGAACCGGACUCUGAGAAACCAGGGACCCUGCAGUGCCCCAUUGUCAUGUGUGGAUGGCGCGGGAAGGCCUCGUUCCGUACCUUUGUGCCCAAGAAUGAGCGGCUGCAUUACCUCAGGAUGAUGGGCAUCGAGGUGGUGGGCGAGAAGAAGGAAGAAGGGGUGAUCCUGACCAAGGACAGUGCCACUGGCCCUGAGCCAGCAGAGACUGAGGUGCAGCCAGAAGAGGCUGGUGGUACAGAGGGGGCAGCGGGCAGUGACGCAGCUGAGGACGGCCUGCCACAGUGA